AUGAGAACAUUACCAAUUGACGCUGAAUAUCCGUUUGAUAUACAAGACUUAAGAUAUUUUCAAAUAAUAUAUUGUUAUCAAAUGCCAAUGAUAUAUUUUGUAGCGAUUAAUGCUGGAUUAUUUAUGACCUUUGUAACAAGUUUAAUGAGUUUUGUGUGCGCUCAAAUGAAAAUAUUAAAAGAAUCUUUUCAAUUUAUGAAAGAAUAUGCAGCUAUUGAUUUGAUAUUCAAAGAAAAAAAUGCACUUCAGCUACUUAGUGAGGAAUAUAUAAAUUAUGAUGAUUUUGAUCCAAAAGAUUUAUGGGAGCAAGUUCAUGUUAAUUUUAAACAUUCAAUACAACAUCAUAACGAAAUCAAAAAAUUCUCUAAUGAAAUUCAAAAUUUAUUUGGAAUUAAUUUUUUUAUUGAUAUGACUUGUGGAGCUUUGUUAAUAGGCUGUACUUGUGUCGCUUUAACAAGUCGAUUGGAAUUUACUUUAAGAACCGUUACUAUAACUAUGGUAUCAAUAGUUGCCUUGGUUCAACUUGCAAUUGAUUGUUAUUUUGGAAAUAAUGUUAUUGAUGAGGCCCAUACCAUAACAAAUUCAUUAUAUUUUUCAAAUUGGUUAGAAGCACCUACGAAUAUUAAAAAGAUGAUUAUAUUUACAAUGGAAAACUGUAAAAAAUCGAAUGAAUUUUCACCUGGCUUAUCAUUCAAUUUAUCUUUGUCUACAUUUUUAAAUAUUUUGAAGAAAACGUAUUCUUUUAUAGCACUUUUACAAAGUUACACUGAAUAA